AUGCGGCGGCUUAACUGGUCAGCCGUCGUGCGACAGCUCUCCGCAUCCAUACGCUGCUUCACCUACGAUCGCGCUGGUUACGGGUUAUCCGACAGCGCUCCGUACCCACCCACAGCCGAGAAUAUUGCGUCAGAUAUCCAAUACCUUGUCGAGAACGUUCCCUUCGAGAAUCCUCUUAUCCUCGUCGGUCAUUCUUGGGCCGGCGUACUGAUCAACGAAUUCAUUGCGCUGACAGGGAAUGGACAUCACAUUGCCGGACUGGUACUUGUCGACGCGAACCACGAGACAAUGCCACAAGUCUUGAACGUCAACGACCCGGAUCUCCAAGCCAUGUCCGAGGGCAUCAACCCAUACAUUGCCAAAGGCAUUGCCGCAGAACACAAACUGACGCAGCAGGAAUGGGACGCACUUAUGGCUGAGGAAGCGACCGAGAAGUACGCGGCGAUCGCGCGCAUGGAGGAAGAUGAGUACGCAGCAAGCUUCGCGACGCUGCGCGACAAGAGAUUGAGUGACCGGGAGCCGCUUCUCGGGAAGAAGCCUGUGUACGUUAUUGGAGGCAUGCGAAGUCGGGAUUGGGAUGGCAUGUACAAAGCUGGAGUCGCAAAAGGAAAUGGGAGCGAGGAGCAGAGGCGUCGGGUACGCGAGUUGAUUAGCACGGCGGACGAGAAGAGCGAGAGCCUCAUGAGGCGACAUCUUCAGCUCUCUUCGAAGACCAAACUUGUGUUCGCGCGCGAGAGCGGCCAUUUCGUCCAGAUGACGCAGCCUGAGGUCGUAGUCGAAGGCGUGAA